GCCCCAGCGGCGGCGUGGGCCUGAGCUGCCGCGGGAGCUCACCGGGACCGGGUGGAAGCCUGGAGACGCAUUACGGGGAGUGGACACCGUCUUGGCAGAGACGAGGCGUGGGCGGCCGGGGCAGGACAGGUGAGGGGCUUUGUGAGGGACGCCAGGCUGUGCUUUCUCCCCCAGAGAAGACAUGUCUCGAGGGGGACCCGUCUCCAGGAACCUCUUUUUGGACAGCCUCCUGUAUGAGCAGGCCCCGGGAGCCGCAGGGGUCCCCGGCAUGACCCACAUCAUGGAGUCCAGCGACCCCGAGUCGUCCCCUGGCAGGGACAGCAUCCCCGACGACGUGGCCAUGCGGCUGGCUUUCAUCGGGGAUGAGAUGGACGUGAGAUGGACGCUGCCGCACAUCGCCGAGCUGCCCAGGAUGGCCGUGCACAGCUUGACUUUCACGUACAGCCAGGCGGGCCUGAGGGGCGUUCUCAGAAGUUUCAUCAGUGGUCUCGUCAACCUCAGGGAGAACAGAAGGUUCUGGAGCUUCCUGAUCUUCAGGGACAGGGUGCCCCCCAACCUGGGCCGCGAGCUGGCGCUGUCCGUGGUGCUGCUGCUGCUGUGCUGGGGGCUGUGCGCCCUGCAGUGACGCCCGCGCUGGGGGGGCUGGCCCCUCCCUCGACCGCACCCUGGAGGUGGCCCGGUUCUGACGCCUUUUAACUGUUUUCUGAUCUUUUUAUAUUUAAACUCUAGUGCUGGGACACUACUGAGGUUUGAUACAGUUUUUCUUGUUUAUUUUGUAAGAGAUGAAUUCAGCAUACCCGGGGCGUUACUGGUUAGCUGCCCGCGGGGCCUGUCUCCUGGCCCGUCGCCCCCCAGACUGCUAGCAGGCCGCAGGGAGUGCUGGCCACCCCGCGUCUGCAGUGCUCGCAGCCAGGAGACCGGCUGGGGUAGACUCGAGGGCGAGGAGAGCGCAAUAAAAUGUUGGUUUCCAGCUGGUGUCUGGUCUUCUCUGGGGGCGCUGAGGCCGCGUGGCCGAUGCUGGGGCCUGGCGGAGGCGGGUGGCCACGCGCCCACCCGUCCCUCGCCGUCUGCAGACGCCGCCUCGGUCUGGCUGCCCAGCUGGCGUGCAGAGCUGAGCUGCCUGACCCCCACGGGGGUGGUUUCCUUCACCGUCGGGGCUGACGGUGCCCUGCCGUGCGCGCGGCCAGCACUUCUCACUGGACACUGGGGUGGGCAGCAGCUUGCACGGGAGGCAGGGACGCGGGCACUGGACUGUCCAGUGUGUGGUGGUUUCCAGGCCCCACCGGCCUCUCCAGAACACGGACAGCCUCCUCGCACCCCAGUGCCCAACCUCCAG